CAUGCCCGUCCCGAGUCAAUUUGCAUUGCCCCGAGCCCCCGGGUCCGGCACCGGUCCCCGAUCCGGUUGGCUGAUGAGAAUUGUCGUCCCAGCGUCACUGCUUGGCACAUCUUGGACCGCUGCCCCCCACGGCACCAUGACGUGGAAGAAACACACCGUAACUCAAGGGCCGGAGGGAGUAGCCCUAAAUGCACAUGAAACUUUUAUUGGGGAUGGAUUGAGUCAGGGAAGCAGGGGGGAAGGGUUGCACAUCGACCUGUGGAUCUCAACACCGCUUCCUGGACAUGGACCCAGAACUUCGAUCAGUCGCCCGGACCCGCGGCUUGGCUAUGGGGUUUCUCCUGUCUGCCCUGCGUUUUCGGGACUGGUUUUCCACUUCGAGCCGCAUGAUGCUCACUUCGUCGACAUAUAAAGGCCUGGAGCAACCUGGCGAUGGGUUGAUUCGGUCUAACAUCGACAUCAACUUGCCUCCUCCAAGCAACAACUAACGGAGCGCCGACCCAAUUACCCAAGGGGGCACUUUGCGCCGCUGCAGCAAGUCACUAUGUCUGCUGGCUACAAGACGGGCAACAUGCCAGUCAUUGACCUCUUACGGGGAAUCAGUAUCUGGGUGGAAACGCGUCACGGCUUUUCGGUCGGUCCCGUUUUGAUCAUUAUCAUUUCCCCCUCGACCUGUAAGUACACCAAAACAGCGUACUUUAAAACACCUAUAAAUUGUGAACAACCUCAAAUAUCUCCGUCAUCCUGACUGGUCUCAGCCUGGGCAACGCUCACAUGCGAGAGCCUCAU